AGAAAUAAGAAUGAAUAGAAUGGGCUUGGAACUCUAACCCUGGAAAUUGACUGGUAACUUCAUGGGUACACUCCCAAUGGCUGCCUGGUAUUGUGACGCAAUAAUUUCAAUGUUUUUUUGGAUUUUCUAUUCAUUCUUAUUUCUAAGCCAGUUUAAUAUUCAGUAGCAUUCAAGCUUUGGCAACCUCAGAUGAAGUACGAUGUUUUACCGGCUCAUUUUGGAGAACGAAUUAGGCGUGUAGCAUGGACGGCGACGAGGCCCGAAAAGGGUUACAGGAAGCCCCAGAAAGGACAUUCCCUGUAUUCUUCAGAGGAAAGCUGGGGGAGAAGCUCCAUCAGGAGACCCCAGGGUUUGACCUGUUGGACCCCAACAUGAGAGUCAUAGAUGUUAGUUAUAACUGCCUCCACGACAAACACCUGAAGAGUUUUUUCCGCCAUCCGGAAAGGAAGAAGCGGCUGGUGAAGCAAGGCCUCAUCACCUCAAAUGAGAAGGUGCUGUGUACGUGUAAAGAGUACAAUCGCUACAGUAGCUACAUCAAGUCAGUUCAGUUGCUGUGGGAGAAGCAGUGCUGUGCCCAGCAGAAAAUGCUUUUGAAGCAGUUCCUAGUCUUGCAGCAGCAAGGGGAGGUUCCGUCCCACAUCUCACUGACGGAUAUUAGAGAUUGGCUCAUUGCCAAGGGUAGAAACUACUUCAAGAACACGUUUCAGAGUGAAAUGGAAGAGGGGAAGAACCUUCACUUGGCCGAACUGGCUUGGGAUGUGAAACGACGCCUCAGGCUUAAAGGAGCUGGAAAGAGAAGUGUGCAGGGAGCUGCGCCUGGAGCGCCGAAUCCGCUGGUCGGUGAUUGGACAGCCUGGUAG